UCUCUCUCUGCUCAUAGCACCCAAGCUUUCAUCGCCAUAACAAUGGAAAACUACUCGUACGGCUCCUAUCCCGAGUCCGGCAACUCGUCCCCACGAUCACGAGAUAUCGAUUUCGAGAACACUCCGCCAUGGGAGGUCGACCCAGCCAAUCCUCAGACCCAAAAUUACAAGGCCAAGUUCAUGUGCAGCUACGGUGGAAAGAUCCUCCCUCGCCCGCACGACAACCAGCUCUGCUACGUCGGUGGCGAGACCAAGAUUUUCGCUGUCGAUCGCAACAUCAAGUUCGCCGCCAUCAUUUCCAAGCUCUCCUCCCUCUCCGAGUACGACGUGUCGUUCAAGUACCAACUCCCCGGCGAAGACCUCGACGCCUUGAUCUCCGUUACCAACGACGACGACUUGGAGCACAUGAUGCACGAGUACGAUCGCCUCUACCGGGCUUCCGGUAGGCCCGCCCGCAUGAGAUUGUUCCUCUUUAAUGCCAGCCCCAACGGUGGCUUCGGGUCGGAUGAUGGAAGGUCCGAUAAGGAUCGUUUCGUCGAGGCUCUUAACUCGGGUCCCACCCAGGCGCCCGACCAGAAUUCCAAGCCUCCGGUCGAAAAUAAUGUCGACUUUCUCUUCGGCAUGGAAAAGGGUGGCGUCCCUGCUGUCGUGUCGCUUCCUCCUCCUCCAGCGCCUACGAUACCGGGACAAGUUGCGCAGCCGCCUGAGUUUGUCAGAUCGGGCCACGUAGACCGGGUUAUCGGAUCGGAUCCAGUCGUGACUUCGGUGGAGUUCCAGAGGCAAUUGCAGAGGCUACAAAUCGGCGAACAAGAUCAGCAAGCUAUGUACAGGAGAAAGAACGACGACAAUCUCGUCGGAGGCUAUGGGGCCCCCGGCGAUUAUUACGUACAGAAGAUGCCGGAGAAGGCUCCUCCGGUGACGGCUGCCCCGCCAGCUGGCUACUGGCCGGAGAAGCAGGUUACAAGCGGGGGGUUUCCGGGGGCGGGAGCUCCGGAACAGCCGAUGUACAUGUUUACAUCCGCUCCCGGAGGUGGGGCAGUGUACCACGCACAGCCUCCGAUGGUGCGACCGGUAACCGGGCCACCGGGUCAAGGGUAUUACCACGUGCCGCAGCGAAUGGGGUCUGAGGUUUACCGGGAACAGCCGCCGAUGUACAAUGUAGUGCCACAACCGCAGCAGCAGCAGCCGACUAAUCUCCCGCCACAGCCGCCAAAAUACGUGGCGACGUACGCCGACACAACACCAUAUACACAGGUGGCGUACGAUAGCACGACGGGGAGGCAGGUAUACUAUACCGCGCCGGGAGGGGUUGUGCAGCAACAGCAGCAGGCGUAUCAAGCAGUGGGCCCCGCGCCGGUCGGCGGAGAAAUGCGAGCGGCCGGUGGGUUGGGUCAGGAGGGUAAGGUGGUGGGUUCAAAGCUCCCACAAGCUUGAGUGUGAUUGUUAAUUAUUUAGCAGCUUCUUUUAUGAUAUUGAAAAUAUUAUAUAUGACGACAUAAAUUUGAAAGUUGGUUUCUUGUUUUUGUUGGUAAUUUGACAUUUAGUUAUGUUUGUUCAUCUCAUAUUUUGAUUAAAUAGUCGAAGAUCUUAUCAGUU